AUGUGUAAGACGUUUACACUCAACGGCAAUUACAAGUGGAUCGACGAGCUGCUGCGUCUUGUAUCAGAUUACAACGCGCGAAAGCAUCGCACUAUCGGCAUGCGAUCCGCCGACGUAAUUCCUGCGAUCGCCGAAAAACUCUUGGGCACAGUGUACAGCGCGAUAAAAAUUGCUGGUCCGGCAAAAUUCAAAAUGGGCGAUUCGGUACACGUGAGCAAGUACAAGACGAUUUUUGAGAAGGGUUACACAAAUUGGAUCACCGAGAUGUUUAAAAUCGUUAAGGUGCAGCAUACCAAUCCCAUAACCUACUUACUCGAGAACUAUCGCGGAAAAUUCGUCAUUGGUGCGUUUUACGAGCACGAGUUGCAUCGCGCUACUCAUCCAGACGUGUAUCUCGUGGAGAAAGUACUGUGCAGGAAGGGAGACACAAAGUGUACGUCAAGUGAUUGGGAUUUGAGAGAUCGCACAAUUCAUAAUAUACACAAAAACAAUGUCAUUUGA